AAUUCCCAGCACGUGCAGCCGGUCCCAGCCCUGCUCCCUGCAUCCCCGUGCUUUUAUCCGGAGAGCCCUGACCCUGCCUCCUCUGUUUCAGGCGCCUCCGAGCCCGCUCCGCUGCCGUUCCCAGAGCUGCGCCUGGCCAACGGGCCCGGCCGCUGCCAGGGCCGCCUGGAGAUCCUGCACAACGGCACGUGGGGCACGGUGUGCGACGACGACUGGGACAUCGUGGACGCCAACGUGGUGUGCCGCCAGCUGGGCUGCGGCCACGCCAUCGCCCUGCCGGCGCCCAUGACCUUCGGGCAGGGCAGCGGGCCCAUCUUCCUGGACAACGUGGACUGCAAGGGCCGGGAGGCGGCGCUGAGCGAGUGCUGGAGCCACGGCUGGGGCAUCCACAACUGCUACCACUACGAGGACGUGGGCGUCGUGUGUAAUGAGCUCUUGCCCACGCCAGCAAGCGAAGGACCGACCAGCAGCACCGCCACGGCCUCGGGGCGCAGCGGGGAAGGUGACGGCAGCGUCCGGCUGGUGAGCGGGGCGGACACCUGCCGGGGCCGGGUGGAGAUCUUCCACGGGGGGAGCUGGGGCACGGUGUGCGACGACGACUGGGGUCUGAGCGACGCUGGGGUGGUCUGCAAGCAGCUGGGCUGCGGCCGGGCCCUGGAGGCCAAGAGCAACGCCUAUUUCGGCUACGGCACGGGGCGCAUCCUGCUGGACAACGUCAACUGCGAGGGCAGCGAGCCCGUCCUCGCCGCCUGCUACAGCCUCGGCUGGGGCAUCCACAACUGCGGCCACCACGAGGACGCCGGGGUCAUCUGCGCGGGGCUGGACACGUCCACCAUCACGUCCUUCACCACCUCGGUGGCCCUGGACUACCAGGAGACGCUCACCGCCACGGCCACAGCGGUGACAGACGGCCGCGAGCAGCCCACACCGGUGACCGAGGUGGCCACAAGCGCGCUGCUCACCUCCCCGAUGGAAAGUGCCGGCGUGCGGCUGGCGAACGGCAACGGGAGCUGCCGCGGGCGGGUGGAGGUGCGGCACGGCGGCACCUGGGGCACCGUCUGCGACGACGACUGGGACUUCCCCGACGCCCAGGUGGUGUGCCGCCAGCUGGGCUGCGGUGCCGCCAUCUCCGCCACCGUCCUCGGUUUUUUCGGGUUCGGCAGCGGGCCCGUGCUGCUGGACAACGUGGGGUGCGCCGGCGGCGAGGCGCGCCUGGCCGACUGCUUCCACCUGGGCUGGGGGCGGCACAACUGCGGCCACCACGAGGACGCCGGCGUCGUCUGUCGAGGUGCUGACGACUCGGGUGACCCUUCCCAAGAAGCCACCGUCACCGCCACCACGCCAGCCCCGACCCACCCUGAGGACGGCUCCUUGCGCCUGGUGAACGGCAGCCACCGGUGCGAGGGGCGCGUGGAGCUGUUCCACCUCUCGCAGUGGGGCACGGUGUGCGACGACGCCUGGGACCUGCGGGACGCCGAGGUGGUGUGCCGGCGGCUGGGCUGCGGGCACGCCGUGGCGGCCCCGGGGGAAGCGCCCUACGGCCGGGGGGCCGGCUACAUCUUCCUCGACAACCUCAAGUGCAAGGGCAGCGAGCCCUCGCUGCUGAGCUGCUCCCACAUCCGCUGGGACGUCCACAACUGCGACCACUCCGAGGACGCCGGCGCCGUCUGCAGCCUCCUAUGACCGCC